UGGAAGGUUACGUGUUAGUCGUGGUCGAAGCUUUCAUCGUUCAAGUGAUGAUUGGGCGUCAGUUCGAAGUAUUGGUGUUUGCGAAUGUACUUUAGUAGGCAAGGGAAGUUGGCUUUAUUUGUUCUGAGAAACGAAUUCGUUCUCCAACGUUUAGUAGCUUCACCUUUCUACGCGUCGCCUUCGCAGUUCUUGUUGGUUUUCCACUGACCUGUUCCUGUGAAAAUUUCAGGCAUUAUCAGAAAUGGCCUAGUGUGAUAGGUACGACCAACCAUGUAUCUCUACAACAUGACGUUGCAGCGCGCCGGUGGCGUGGUGUGCGCAGUUCAUGGAAACUUUUCAGGGUCGAAGGUACAGGAGAUCGCUGUAUCGCGAGGGAAGUCGUUGGAGAUCCUCAAGGCUGAUCCACACACCGGGAAAAUCAAUUCCUUGAUCUCCGUUGAAGUUUUCGGCUCCGUUCGGUCUUUGAUGGCUUUUCGGUUAACGGGUGGUAACAAAGAUUAUCUUGUUUUGGGCUCUGAUUCUGGUCGUAUUGUGAUCCUGGAGUAUAAUGCUCAGAAGAACUCGCUGGAUCGAGUCCACAUGGAAACGUAUGGUAAGAGCGGCUGCCGUCGAAUUGUUCCUGGUCAAUAUCUAGCAGUUGAUCCCAAGGGACGAGCAGUCAUGAUUGGUGCUAUUGAGAAACAGAAGCUUGUGUAUAUCAUGAAUCGGGAUGCUCAGGCACGGUUGACCAUUUCAUCUCCGCUUGAAGCUCACAAAAGCAAUACGCUUGUUUACCACAUGGUUGGGGUCGACGUUGGUUUCGAGAAUCCGCUGUUCGCAUGUUUGGAGAUCGACUACGAAGAGAUGGACGCUGAUCAGACCGGCGAAGCAGCUGUGAGAGCUCAGCAAACCCUGACAUUUUACGAAUUGGAUCUAGGGUUGAAUCAUGUAGUGCGGAAGUACUCCGAACCCCUGGAGGAGCACGCGAAUUUCCUCAUAACCGUGCCUGGUGGUCACGAUGGUCCGAGCGGGCUGCUGAUCUGUUCAGAAAAUUACAUCACAUAUAAGAACCUUGGUGACCAGCACGACAUCCGGUGUCCGAUACCUCGUCGAAGAAACGAUUUGGAUGAUCCCGAUCGAGGAAUGAUCUUCGUGUGUUCAGCUACUCACAAGACCAAGUCUAUGUUCUUCGUCCUGGUUCAGACUGAACAGGGAGACAUUUUCAAGGUUACUCUUGAAUCUGACGAAGACAUGGUAACUGAAAUCAAGAUGAAAUACUUCGAUACUGUUCCCGUAGCAACUUCCAUGUGCGUGUUACGCACAGGUUUCUUAUUUAUCGCAUCAGAAUUUGGGAACCAUUUUCUGUACCAAAUUGCUCAUCUGGGUGAUGAUGACGAUGAGCCCGAGUUUUCGUCUGCUAUGCCUUUGGAAGAAGGUGAUACUUUCUUCUUUGCUCCAAGAGGAUUGAGAAAUUUGGUUUUAGUUGACGAGCAAGACUCGCUUUCGCCGAUCCUUUCUUGUCAAAUCGCCGAUCUUGCGAACGAAGAUACUCCUCAGCUGUACGUGGCUUGUGGUCGAGGUCCGAGAUCGACCAUGCGUGUUUUGCGACAUGGUUUAGAGGUCUCUGAGAUGGCAGUCUCUGAACUUCCUGGUCAUCCUAACGCUGUAUGGACCGUAAAGCGUCGUGUAGACGAUGAAUUUGACGCAUAUAUCGUUGUUUCAUUCGUCAAUGCCACUCUGGUUUUGUCUAUUGGAGAAACUGUUGAAGAAGUUACUGAUUCUGGAUUUCUCGGAACAACUCCCACUCUUGCUUGUACGCAGUUGGGAGACGACGGUCUUGUUCAGAUAUACCCGGAGGGCAUCCGUCACAUCCGAGCUGACAAGCGUGUGAAUGAGUGGCGUACGCCGGGCAAGCGGAAUAUUUUGAAGUGCGCUAUCAACCACAAGCAAGUUAUCAUCGCGCUAACGGGCGGUGAACUUGUAUAUUUCGAAAUGGAUCCGACCGGGCAGCUCAACGAGUAUACUGAGAGAAAAGAGCUAUCUGCCAACGUUGUGUGCAUGGCCUUGGGAAGUGUGGCUCCUGGCGAGCAGCGAAGUCGGUUUUUGGCUGUUGGUUUGGAAGACAAUACCGUGCGCAUAAUUUCUCUGGACCCUAAUGAUUGUUUAUCCCCGCUAAGCAUGCAAGCUCUCCCAGCACCCGCUGAGUCUCUCAGCAUUGUUGUCAUGGGUGCAUCCGAAGGUACAAAAGAUACACCACACACAAAGUUGCUUUACUUGAACAUUGGUCUGAAGAAUGGUGUACUACUUCGUACUCUGCUGGACAAGAAUACGGGAGACCUUUCUGACACGAGGACGAGAUAUCUUGGUUCUAAGCCAGUAAAGCUGUUCUCAGUCAAAAUGCAGGGUUCCGAGGCUGUUCUAGCAAUGUCAAGCCGUUGUUGGCUCAAUUAUUACCAUCAGAAUCGCUUCCACCUGACUCCUCUCUCGUACGACGUCCUGGAAUACGCGUCAGGGUUUUCAUCAGAGCAAUGCCCGGAAGGAAUUGUUGCGAUCUCGGAAAAAACUCUUCGCAUUCUCGCUCUGGAAAAACUGGGUGCCGUUUUCAAUCAGGUGACUCAUCAAUUGACGUAUACGCCAAGGAAAUUUGCGGUUCAUCCAGAGAGUGGGAACGUCGUCAUCUUAGAAACUGAUCAUAAUGCCUACACCGAAGAAACCAAGAAGCAACGUAAAGCUCAGAUGGCCGAAGAAAUGAAGGAUGCGGCUGGUGAAGAAGAAGUCGAACUUGCUGAAGAAAUGGCUCAAGCUUUCAUCAAUGAAAAUUUGGAUGAAUCCAUCUUCGGUGCUCCGAAAGCCGGUGGCGGUAUGUGGGCAUCUCAGAUACGUCUAAUGGAUCCUAUCCUCGGUCGGACGCACAAAGUUGUAAGGAUGGAGCAGAACGAGGCUGCAAUAAGCGUCGCGUUCGUCCAGUUUGCUACGCAUCCCGCCGAAAUACAUCUGCUGGUUGGUGUAGCUAAGGAUUAUCAGCUCAAUCCCAGGAGUGUCAAUGGAGGCUAUAUCUAUACAUACAAGAUCCGAAGCGAUGGUACGGACCUUCAGUUCUUCCAUAAAACGCCUGUCGAAGAAAUACCGGGAUCCAUAUGUGCGUUUGGUGGUCGAGUCUUGGUGUCCGUUGGACGGUUACUUCGUGUUUACGAUCUCGGGAAGAGGAAGUUGUUGCGGAAGUGUGAAAACAAGCACCUGCCGAAUUUUGUGGUAUCGGUUCAUGGAAUGGGUCAUCGAAUCUACGCCUGUGACAUACAAGAGAGCGUGUUCUACCUGCGUUACAAGCCUCGUGAGAAUCAGCUUGUCGUGUUUGCCGACGAUUCGUUGCCGAAAUGGGUGACUGCGUCUUGCGUUUUGGAUUACGAUUCUGUUGCCAUUGGUGACAAAUUCGGCAACAUAACCGUUGUGCGCUUACCACCCGGUGUGUCGGAUGAUGUCGACGAAGAUCCGACUGGAAACAAAGCAUUGUGGGAUCGUGGUUAUCUCUGUGGGGCAUCGAAUAAAUCUGAUUGCAUCUUCAGUUUCCACGUAGGGGAGACUGUGUCGUCCUUGCAGAAAGCAACUUUGAUUCCCGGAGGAAGCGAGUCUUUGGUUUACACCACGAUCAGCGGAUCCGUUGGAGUCCUGGUUCCAUUCACGAGCAGGGAAGACUACGAUUUUUUCCAACAUUUGGAAAUGCACAUGAGAGCGGAAAACCCUCCUCUGUGUGGUCGGGAUCAUUUGUCUUUCCGGUCUUAUCAUUUCCCAGUUAAGAAUUGCAUCGAUGGAGAUCUCUGCGAACAGUAUAAUUCUGUGGAAGUCUCGAAGCAGAAGACAAUUGCUGAGGAGCUUAGCAGAACAGUGACGGAAGUUUCAAAAAAAUUGGAAGAUAUUCGUACGCGUUAUGCGUUCUGAGUUAUUGAAGUUUUCUGGGUUGUUUUGAAUUACCCAUGUGUUUGGUGUCCGACGGAAGAGGGGAAUUUGAAAUUCUUGUAUCAAUUUUUGUGUCAGGGUUUUUGAUAAAAGUUCUGUUUUCUCA